CACCCCUGUAUAUAUGAAAGAAAGAACGAAAGGGGGGGAGAGUGAGUGAAGCGAUACAUAGGUACAUAAAAUGGCGGGUGAGAACAAAAAAGUGUGCGUAACUGGAGCUGGAGGAUUUGCUGCCUCUUGGGUCGUCAAGCUUCUUCUCUCUCAGGACUAUCUUGUCCAUGGAACCGUCAGACAACCAGGUGAUAGCAAGUACGACCACUUGAACAGCCUUGAGAAAGCAUCAGAGAACCUGAAACUGAUCAAGGCAGAUUUGCUGGACUAUGAUUCUCUAUGUUCCGCAAUUUCGGGAUGCAGCGGUGUGUUCCAUGUUGCCAGUCCUGUACCAACAACCGAAGUAACAAACCCCGAAGCAGAAGUAGUUGAACCAGCUGUGAAGGGAACGCUUAAUGUGCUGAAAGCUUGCUUGGAGAACAAGGUGAAGAGAGUUGUUGUUGUGUCUUCUGUAGCUGCUGUUGUGAUGAACCCGAACUGGCCCAAGGAUAAAGUCAAGGAUGAAAGCUGUUGGUCUGAUCCUGAAUAUAUUAAAACCACUAGUCUUGAAUCCAUGAAAACUUCUAAGAAAUGGUAUUAUAUUGCGAAAACACAAGCAGAGAGCGAGGCUCUGGAGUUUGGAAAAAGAACUGGACUUGAGGUUGUUACUGUUUGUCCUUCUGCCAUUUUGGGUCCACUUUUGCAAUCUACCCUAAAUUCCAGUACCUUGCUCCUGCCUAUGGGUCUCAAAGGUGGGUUCGGUUCGUUUGGAUACAAUUAUUGGACUGUGGUGGAUGUUCGUGACUUAGCUGAAGCACUGCUUAUGGUUUACAAGAAAUCUGACGCUGGAGAAAGAUAUAUGUGCACAUCACAUGCAAUUGGGGUGGAGGAAGUGGUGGAGAAAUACUUGAAGAUUUCAUAUCCCAACUACAAUUAUUCCGACAAGCUUAGUCACACAGAGGAAGAAGAAGAGAAACUGAGUUCGGAAAAGUUGCAGAAGUUGGGUUGGAGUUACCGACCAUUGGAGGAAACUCUAAUUGAUUCCAUUGAAUGCUGCCGGAAGAUGGGGGUCUUGGAUUAGACGAACUAAUCAUCAUAUCAUCAGCGAAGAUAGUUGUUUCACAUGACAAGUAUGAUUAUCUAUGUGCACUUAUGCCCAUGUACUUUAUUCUACAAAACGAAGUAUUCGGUAUUC